AUGUCUGGAGAAAAGCACACUCUUGCUUACGACGACGUGACCAUACACGAUCCCAACGAGAAGACUGUGUAUUCGCGAGACGAGACUGCACUCUCUAGUGGUGUCAGUCACGAUCACAACGAGAAGAGUGUGCAUCUGCGAGAUCAAACUGCACUCUCUAGUGGUGUCAAACAAGAUGUCCCCUACGACGAUGUCGAACACGCUCGUAAAGGAUCCCGCCGCAAGUCCUCGGUGAUAGCUGCCAUCAAGGAUAAUUAUGGCCUGGUUGACGCCCCGUCGAGUGAGGCAUCCAGUCUCAAAGCGGGUGUCGACUACACGCACAGAAAGCUCAAGCCCCGACAUAUUCAGCUUAUUGGUAUCGGUGGUACAAUUGGUACCGCCUUGUACGUGAAUAUCGGUAGAGGUCUCCUGAAUGGAGGUCCUGCCUCUCUGUUCAUAGCGUUCAGUUUAUGGUGUUCUGUAAUCAUGAUGGUAACAAAUUGCAUGUCUGAGAUGGUCACCUACCUGCCCAUAUCUUCACCAUUCAUUCGGUUUGCUGGUCGCUGGGUUGACGAUGCUUUUGGUUUUGCCGCCGGUUACAAUUUCUUCAUCUUCGAGGCUGCCCUUGUGCCAUUCGAAAUUGUGGCUUGCAACGUCAUUAUCCAGUUCUGGACAGAUUCAAUGCCAGCCGGUGCUACUAUUGCCAUCAUCCUUGUGAUCUAUGCUGCUGUUAAUCUCUUCGCCGUCAAGUGGUACGGAGAGACCGAGUUCUGGAUGGCCCUCGGCAAGGUGUUGCUCAUCAUUGGUCUCCUGUUUUACACUUUCGUUGUGAUGUUGGGUGGUAAUCCACUUGGCGACCGAUUCGGAUUCCGUUAUUGGAAAAAUCCAGGUUCAUUCACGACGUUGUACGGCUACGAAGGCAAUCUUGGCCGGUUCGUUGGUUUCCUCCAAUGUCUUAUCCAGGCCUCGUUCACGAUCGCGGGCCCUGACUACGUAUCCAUGGCCGCUGGUGAGGCAGAAAAUCCACGAUGGGUUAUGCCUCGUGCUUUCAGGGCUGUGUUUUAUCGUCUCACCACUUUCUUCAUGCUCGGCUCUCUCGCCGUUGGCAUCUUAGUGCCAUACAACGACCCGGAUCUCAGAGAGGCCUACCGAACAGGUGCCCCAGGUGCUGCAGCUUCGCCCUACGUUGCUUCCAUGACACGACUCCGUAUCAGUGUCCUUCCACACAUCGUCAAUGCCAUGGUUUUGACGUCCGCACUAUCAGCCGGCAAUUCCUACGUCUACUGCGCCAGCCGAAGUUUGUAUGGUAUGGCUCUGGAAGGCAAAGCACCAAAAUUCAUGACCAGGUGCACCAAGAAUGGUGUCCCGAUCUACUGCGUGGUUGCAACAUUACUCAUUGCUCUUCUUGCCUUCCUGCAAGUCAGCAACAAUGCAGCUAUCGUGCUACAAUGGUUUGUCAGCUUGGUCACAGCCUCCCAGCUCAUCAACUUCUGCUGCAUGUGCUUCACCUACCUCUGCUUCCGACGCGCCCUCGCCGCACAAGGCAUCUCUCGCGACUCACUCCCGCACAAGUCCUUCUGGCAACCCUGGGGCACAUACUACGCUUUCAUCAUGUGCUUCAUCAUGGCAUUCGUCGGCGGCUACACCGUCUUCCUCCCUGGUUUCUGGACCGUGCCAGACUUCCUCUUCAGCUACACUAUGAUUGCGGUGUUCCCGAUUUUAUACCUCGUCUGGAAAGUCAUCCAUAAGACCAAGAUUGUCAAGCCUGAGGAAGCUGACCUCAAGAAGGAUCUGGAUGAGAUUGAGGAGUAUACUAGGAACUAUGUUCCCACGCCACCAAAGAACGCUUUCGACAAGUGGUUCAACAAGAUCUUCUCUUAG